GCCCUUCCCCUUCCCUUCCCCGGGCCUCCCCCAUCGCUUCCCCCUGCCCCGCGUCCCUCACAGGGCGCCAGGUCGGCGCGAGGGUCUGUGUGCCGCGCAGGGAGGGAGGGAGGGAGGCGGGGAGGGAGAGAGAGGCUGAGCCAGAUCUUCAUGCCACUGCAGGCAGCAGCAGCAGCAGCAAAACUUCUGAAGGUUUGCAGAAGACAGUAAGAGAACCACCAAGAAGGCUAUUGCAGUAUUGCUAAUUACAGAAGUCUGGUACUGGGACUGCUACUUCCAUCUUUCUCAUUGCUGCUGGUGGCUGAGAGUUAUCACAGCACUACUUGACUGUUGCACAUGUGGAGAAUAUCAAUCUAAGGACAACUGUGUCCUUUGUGUUUGAGCGCCUGCCACUAUAUAAAUAGCCUUCAGCUGGAAUACAGUAUUGCCAAUAUGUAUCAUUCUGUGUCUGAAACCAGUCACCCUUUGCAAACAGAGGAACAAGAAAUAGGCAUUGAUCCCUUGCAGAGUUACUUGAACAAGCCAGGGGAAGGAGGAUCUAGUGAAAACGGAAGCACACACCACUCCUCGGAUUCUGAUGGAACGUUUAUUUCUUACAGUAAAGAAUGGGAAGAACUAUUUGUAAACAACAAUUACUUGGCAACUAUACGGCUGAAGGGGAUUAAUGGGCAGCUGAGAAGCAGCAGGUUCCGUAGUGUUUGCUGGAAGUUGUUUCUGGAGAUUCUACCCCAAGACAGAAGUCAAUGGAUUAAAACCACUUCAGACUUAAGGACGUCUUACAAUAAAAUCAAAGAAAUUCACAUUACCAACCCUCGGAAAGCAGGACAGCAAGAUCUAAUAAUCAACAACCCACUCUCUCAGGAUGAGGGGAGUCUUUGGAAUAAAUUUUUCCAGGAUAAAGAGCUUCGAGCAAUGAUUGAACAAGAUGUGACAAGAACCUUUCCCGAAAUGCAGUAUUUCCAGCAAGAGAAUGUGAGGAAGAUUCUUACAGAUGUUCUGUUCUGCUACGCCAGAGAAAAUGAGCAGUUGCUUUAUAAACAGGGUAUGCAUGAACUUCUAGCUCCCAUUGUCUUUAUCCUUCAUUGUGACCACCAAGCUUUUUCACAUGCCAGUGAAGCUGCACAGCCAAGCGAGGAAAUGAAAGUUCUUUUGAAUCCUGAAUAUCUGGAACAUGAUGCCUAUGCAAUGUUCACACAUCUUAUGAAAACUGCAGAACAUUGGUUUUCGACUUUUGAACAUGAUAGUCACAAGGAGAAAGAUGUGAUGAUUACACCUAUGCCAUUUGCAAGGCCACAGGACUUAGGCCCAUCUAUUGCUAUUGUAGCAAAGGUAAACCAAAUUCAGGAUCAUCUGCUGAAGAAACAUGAUAUUGAGCUCUACAUGCACCUGAACCGAUUGGAAAUUGCUCCACAGAUUUAUGGACUGCGAUGGGUGAGGCUCUUAUUUGGACGUGAAUUCCCACUUCAGGACCUUCUGGUUGUCUGGGAUGCUCUAUUUGCUGACAGUAUCACCCUGAAUUUAGUUGACUACAUUUUUGUAGCCAUGUUGUUAUAUAUUAGAGAUGCUUUGAUUUCAAGUAAUUACCAGACCUGUUUGGGACUUCUGAUGCAUUAUCCACCUAUUGGAGAUGUUCACUCCCUUAUCCUAAGAGCACUUUUCCUCCGAGAUCCAAAGAGAAAUCCAAGACCAGUGACUCAUCAAUUCCAACAAAAUUUAGAUUAUUACAAAGCACGUGGAGCAGACUUGAUGAACAAAACCCGCGCCAGUGCUAAGGCCGCCCCACUGAACAUUAACAAAGUCUCCAACAGCUUACUGAAUUUUGGCCGAAAGCUGAUUGCUCCAGCUAUGACUUCAGGCGGGGCUGUGGGUGCUCCUGCUGGUGGGAGCAGCUUUCCUGCCCCUGCAAUGCCCAUCAGAAGCACACUGGAAGCCCCACAGCACCACCAGGCACAGCAGCAAAGGAUGCUGAAGUCUGAAAGCAUGCCAGUUCAACUGGGCAAAGGCCAAAGCUCAAAAAACAUCAGUUCAUCUCCAAGCAUAGAGAGCUUGUCCGGAGGACGUGAAUUUACAGGAUCUCCACCUUUGUCUGCAUCCAAAAAAGAUUCCUUUUUCAGUACCAUCUCCCGCUCCCGCUCCCAAAGCAAAACUAUGAACAGAAAAGAAUCGGAGGAGGAAUUGGAGGCCCAGAUUUCAUUUCUACAAGGACAACUAAAUGACUUGGAAGCCAUGUGCAAAUAUUGCGCAAAGAUGAUGAACACACAUCUUGGAAAUAUUCAGGAUGUCAUAUUACAAGAACAUUUGGAAAAAGAAGAUGAAAUUCUGGUUUCCUUGGCUGGUUUGAAGCAGAUCAAGGAUAUCCUGAAAGGUUCGUUGCGUUUCAACCAGAGCCAGCUGGAAGCUGAAGAAAAUGAGCAAAUCACUAUAGCCGAUGAUCAUUAUUGUUCCAACAGUCAGAGCAAGGAGACAGGUGAUGUCCUAAAGGGGCCUGUUCUGACAAAGCAGCAGUUAGUCUCAGGACAUCAGACUACAACAGAGUCAAGCACUAGUGACAACAAGAGCGCUGAUGACUAUAUUAUGGUUUCCAAAGAAGAGGAAAGAAGUAGAAGUGCUGUCCCGGAGCCGGCACAGUCCCUUCAGGCACACAAGGAGGCAGCAGCAAAGCCAGAAGCUCCAUCUCGUUCUUCUUUAAUAUUCUCUGACCCAUUGAUGGGCUCCAUUUCUGCUUCCUCCAGCAACUUGAGCUCCAGUCCUGAUGAUGACAGCAGUAAUAAUAGCAAAGAUUCUGACUUUGCUAUUGUCAGCCCAUUGGACAUCUGAAGAACAGGUUGGGAGAGUCUGGGAGGUCAAUUGUUAAAACUCAGCUCAAAUUCCUAUGAUUCCACGGGAUGGAUAGUUCCUUGGAUUAGGAGGACAGAAAAUAGAUAAGGGUAAUCCAUUUCAGCUGCCAAAAGCCUAAAUAAAAUAAAAUAAAUACAAACCCACCCAAGACUUACAAAUGUGCAACUUUUCAAAAAGAAUAGACAUCUUUUAAUAACUGCCUUAAAUAAAGACCCAGUAAAACCCAGUUCUAAUAUAGAGUUAUUCUUAGUUAUACAGCUAUCUUACUUAGGAGCUUUAUUACUAUAAAACUGUUGCUAUCCCAAAACAUAGAAUAGUAUGUGUUAGGUGCCGUAAUGGCUUAGGGAAUGUGUAGAUACUUGGCAUCCGACCUGAAGCAGCAAAGACAAGCUAGAUUUAGUAUCAUCCUUUUACAAAACACUCAACUGGGUUUUCUGAGUAGGAAAAGGUGUUAUUUCUUCAGAGACUGAUUAGAGAAUUAGGGAAUAUCUCUCCAAAAGAUUAAAAGCAUCAUCCUGACAGUAAGCUUGUUCUCAGUUGAGGAAUCCUAGUUUCUUCAUUUUCAUCCAGCAAUAGCCUGAGGUGUGUUCAAAGCAGAGAUUUGUGUAGUUGUUCCUCAGCACUGUCUUACAGGAGAAUGUCUGAGAAUUCCUUGAGAAUGGGGGCAUACACAAAAAAGCCUUACUUUCCUUUGCCUACUUUUUUCCCUUUGAGAGUUCCCAGUUUGCCUCUUUCCCUCUUUAUAUCUGUCUACUUUUACUCCCCCUGGCAUGAAUUGUAUUUUAUUUUACUACCACAGUUAAAACAGUAGGUGCAAGGGAAAUUACAGUAUUUCAUAGAGUAGAUCUGAGCCAGUCGAACUAAAACUAGCUUGAAUAUGAUAACUUGCCAGGGAAGGGUUCAAAGUGAACUGAAAUGUCUGUAACUGAAAGCACUUUAUGUCUCAUUGCUAUUAUCUUCUAUAGAUUCUGUUUACAUAUAUUCCUGUAUGAAUUCCACAUUUCUUAUUGAAGAAAACAUAAUGGUGCAGCAGCAUUAACCAACAGAAAGUUUUAAAUUCCCUCUAGAACUUGCUCUUGUAUGGAAAAGCAUCUUUCUUUCCCAUCAAGUUGGCAGUACAUCUAAUAACUACUUUUCCAAGUAGAUUGGAGGGGAGAGGGGUGGUACUGUCAGAUUCCUUUAAACUGCUGGAAUUCACAAAAAGAAACUGGUGGUGAGUGGUUACCUCCUCUUGUGGGACCUACACAGAGCUUGCUUGAGGAAGGAAUGCUAGAAAGUCACUCUGUAACAGCAGCAAAAAAUUUGCAUCAUUUGCUUUUAAGAUACAUGCACAUUAUACCAUGCAACAACUUCAUCAUUGCAUGGCAAAGCUUGUGUUUGUAUGGAGUUAAGAAAUGGUACUUACUUGCUGCUUAGUCUGCAAUUGUAAAUGGAGCUAAGUGCCGUAUUCCAAAGAUGAGGUGACGUAGUUUGCUGGUCUUAGAUUUUACAAGAUCUGUGUCAGUGACUGAAGAGAUAAUUGUCAUUACAUGGUAGCUGCCAUAUCCUUACAUGUUUAGAAGCCACCAUGUAGUUCUCCUGAGAUUAUUUGUGCCUUGUAAAAUGAUAAAAUACUGGAAUGUUAUGAGCAGGCAUAGAUAGCACCACACCUCUCAGGGACACGGUGAUAUGAACAGUCAGAUGACUGUUUAGAUAAGAGAUCUUAACUGCAUCAUGUUUCAGGGAGGUGUUUAUUUUGGUUUAAUUUUAAGCUUCAUAGAAAAUCACUUUGGAGUUCAUCAUGCAUGCCUGUGCUCAGGUUUAUUUUGUUUCCCUGCGUUUGCGUGAAUGCCAGGAGAUUAGGUGCCUGUUGAUUUAUUUAGAUUUGUCAAGCUUUUCUAGCUUUAACCCAUUCAGCAAGGCUUGUGCCACACCACCAACAAAGGGGAAUCUGUUCAAGAAGUAUCUGUGGAAAGAGGAAAGAAAUAUUCUGGGGACAGAGAAAAAAAAAAAAUGUAUAUCCUGUGAAACAUAAACCUUCUAAAGAUUCCAGUACUUUGGCAGGGGAGAUGUUUUUACUUCGUUUUUAUUUUUUUAAGCAUCAGUCUUUUGAUUUCUGUUCUGGUUGGUUGUUUCAGGGAUCACAUUGCUAUUUUCUUGAAUGGUCUCAUUGCCAAUGGAAGAGUGUGAUUUGUACAGUUCUUUUAUUUUUGUAAGUUAGUUGUAUCUGUAAUAUUGCAUAUUUUGAAACAGUGCUAGAAGUAUAUACAGAUUUUGGAAGUUUCUAACAAGUUUUCAGUAAUCAGUGAAUACCGAGGAGCUGAUGCCUAUCGUACUGUGGAAUAUGAUAUCAAAUCCUCAGAAGCAGAGAAUUGAUUAUACAAAGAAGAUUGGAGUGAAUUCCAGUAGAAGAAUCUGCUCUGGUUGUGCCACGUCCUUCCACAUCUCAAAUAUGUCAUCUCAGAGACUUCAUGGUAAUGUGGAGAUCUUUACAACUGGGUUAUAUCCAUUAAGUUAGAAACUUGUUAGACAAAGUGUCAUCACCCUGUCUUGCAUUCUGUUAAGAAUAUGAUGAGAAAGAAAUUGUCAUUUAAAUUAGAAGAUGGUUCUUUUCCUCCAAAGCUGACCUGCUCUUAAUGUUCAUGGAAGACAAUAAUCAGAAAAAAUGCACACAUUGGAAAUUACCAAUGGAAACUAAUAUGAGAUCAAGAAAUGUAUCUGAGACCGUUGUACUGUAUCUCACUCUGUAAUUUAUGAUUGUUUAAAGUCUCUUGCAUGUCAUGUCAGUUGUGUGUACUGCAGAAAGGCAGUAUCAUAUUUUGACUGGGUAUUCAUUUAGUGGUAGAACUUUGUAUCUUUACUCUGGAAGAACAUCUAGCCUGCUUUAUUAAAGAAUUAACAAUUUUUCUGGGCUGUGUUUGUGCUGUUUUCUCAAAACAGAGGGAAAACUUUUUGACUACAAUACUGGAAGUAUGAUUUCUUAGAACAGGAGCGAUUAGAAAUUCUUGAACUGUUUGAUUAUCUAUAAAAGCACAAAGAUUAUUAAUAUUUUAAUCAGAUUUUUAUAUAUGAUCAAGAGAAUAAAACUACUUGGCAUUUAUCUCACCCAAACAACACAGAACAUUUCCUAUUUUAUCAUAUUUAUUAUAUCUGAAAAGAAAUAAACAGAAUUCAAUGUGAUGUAACUUUUCUGCAUUUUCAUGAAACUUGGUGUAGUUACAUCAUGUGUCUCAGUCACAGUGCCAGUAUCUGUACCGUGCUUUUCCAAAUCUCAUACUUUAUUUUAGAUUCUUAAAUGUUUCAUGUGAUGCUCCAAUAUGUUCUCCUCAUUAGGUGACACUGAGGCAGCUAUUUAAAAGAUUAAAAUUCAGAUUUAAGGUGUACUUCUGCCUGGCAGUUACAAUGUCAUCUGUUCAAAUACGGACACAGCAGUCCUAAAUGUGAACAGAUUUCCAAGAUAAUAAUACUUUUGAUUUUGUGCUGCAUGUUUUGAUCUUGAGUGAAUGUCUGUAAUGGCUUAUUAGACUUGAAAAGGUGCAAU